CGCUCCAAGCGGAGGAGCAGAAGUCGCGCAGUGAAUCAACGCCACAAAAACUACAGUUGUUUGUAUAUUCACAAUUAAAGUAUAAAAUUGAAUUGCGUAAAUUCUCAAGCAUGACCAAAAAGAACAAAGCAAAGGAUAAGGAUAGGGAUAAAAGUUUGAGCUUGUCACGAUUGCCGGUACCUAAUUUAUUAGCAAACGCUGCCAAAAUGAAAAUCACUACAGCCUUGGCGAAUGCCAAAACACAACAAGCGAAGGCAGGACAGAUCAAUUGCGGUAUAAUGCGUGCCAGCAGCAGCGGCAACAAUAACAACAACAGUGCUGCAGCCACAAUAACAACAAAUGAAAAAGCAACAGGAUCAAACGCGUGCAGCCAACCGCAACAGGCAACGAAAGAGACGGCAAUAAUAGCAGAGGCCGCAGUCGUAGCUACAGAAGUGGUGGUUGCAGCGGCCGACGCAGACACAACAACAACGACAACAACAAGCAUUGAACGCUUCGACGGCGGCGCACAGGAGACCGAGAACCUCGUUGACGCGCACAAGCAACCAGCUCUCACAUCAGUUGUCAGCGAAACAGCAAAGCAAACGGUUACCACACAAGCCGCAAGCGCGGUCGUAGUAACAACAACAACGGCAAAAACAGUGGCUAGAAAACAGGCGGUAGACGAAACAUCGCCUUCGCCUUUAUUGUCGUCGUCGUCGUCGUUGGCUGGCGAUAAAUAUUACAAAAUUGUUGAUAAGUGCAAAAGUGAGAUAAGUGAUGAAAACAUAGAAACACCCACAACAAUAACAACAGUAACAGCAACAGAUUUGCCGGUUGCAGUGAUAAAUAAUAAUCAGCAAAACGACGCGCCAAAUAAUAACAAUAACAAUAGUAAUAGUAGUGAGUGUUGUGUUGACAAAAUUAAAUGUGAAGAAGUCGAACAAGAACAAGAAGUUAAAGCAGCGACAAUAACACGCACUGCCAAUGAGCUGCCGUUGCAUUAUCGUGGCAUAAACAAUUCUGUUAUUAUAGCAAAUUAUGCCCAUCAACAACAUCAGCAGCAUCAAAACCAUCAGCAGCAGGAGCAGCAGCAGCAGCAGGAGCACGCGCAGAAUCAACGACAUCAAGAACAGCUAGAAAUUUUCGAUCAACACAAUUAUUUGCGGCAGCAACAAUUGCUAUUACAACAGCAACAACAGCAGCAGCAACAAGAAUUGCAACAACAACAACAGCAGCAGCAGCAGCAGCAACAACAGCAACAGCAUUGGCUUGUUUAUAACGACUGCGCGUACGAUCUGUCAGUGCAGCAACAAGCCGUAGCUAACUCGCAAGCCGUGGCCUUGGUAGCAUCGCAACAUUUUCUGGGCCAUCACUUGCCCUAUCAUUACGACAGCACUACGGAUCCCAUAAUGCGCAACAACUUUGUUCUAUAUAACGCCUAUGGAGCUGCGGGGGCCGCGCCCACCUCGCUUACCCACGACCAGCAUCUGCAGCAGCAUGUGCUGGCCGUCAGUAGUACAGCGAAUUCGGUCAUAACGCACACAUCGCCGAACAUCGAUGAGGUUAUACAGGAUACCCUUAAGGGCGAAUGCUUCGAUGACAAUCACACAUCGAGCUACCAUAUGUUGACAUCAGUGUCCGACCUGCACGCAGUAAAAGAAGCCAAUGCCACUAUUUAUCACAUGCCCCACGAGCACUUGCUGCAGCAACAUCAACAGCAGCAACAUCACAACAAUUCGACCAGUUCCGUGGGUGGUGACUCCCCCACACCGCAUGCUCUAUCCCAUAACAGUGACGUCGCCACCUUACAGAGCUUCACCCAACUGACCAGUGCAGCGACCUCCUCAUUGCAUCGAAGCAGCUAUGGCAGUCUGACACCGGAGCAUUCAUCGUACUUCCCGCUGAGUCCAGUUUUACAGAGCAGCUCAGUCUAUGCCGGACCUUUGCUCACAUCGGCCAGCAAUGGCAUGCAGUAUGGCAUGCAAUCGGCGGCGUCACCCACCAACACACAUGGCCAUUUGCAUCAGGAGCACCAGCACCAACACCAGCACCACCAUCAGCAGCAACAGCAUCAGCAUCACAACUCCACGUCGAGUAGUCCUGGACCGGUAGGACUGUUGCACUCCAGCUCGUCGGCUGCCACAGUAGCGGCGGUUGCUGCAGCCACGGCUGCGGUCAGCGGGCACAGUGGACUGGGGAAUCUGGAGCUAGACGAUGACUAUGGUUCACCAAAGAGUGGACACAGCAGCGGGGGCGGCACUCUGCCCGCCUUCCAGCGCAUUGCAUCGGCUAGUUAUGGCAGUGGCGGCGGCACCGGCGUUGCAAAUGGGACGGGCAGUGGCGCCGAACGCUCUGGCUAUGCAUCAUUGACAAAUUACCGCACACAUAACGACUCUUGGUCUUCUUACGAGCCAAUUAGCUACGCAACAAAUGCAACCGGCCAGAGCCAGCUGGGCGGCCUGAGUGGUGGAGCAGCGACAAAUGUUAUACGGAAUGGUCGUGUCAUGGCUGCUGUUGCGGCCGCAGCUACCGCCGCUGGCAUUGGGGAGACGAGUCCGGGGGUCAGUCCAGCCGAGUCGGCGCGUUUUCUCGCCUCGACUGCCCAUCUCUCGGCCUCGGCUUCGCUAUCAGCAAUGGCCGCUGAAUCAGGCGGGGAUUUCUAUAAGAACUACACAUAUAAUGUCACCGGCGGAAGCCGUAGUAAGGCCUCGGCAAAUGUGUCAAGUACCGUUGGUGCGGCAACAACAACCGCAGGCGUGACUGCAACGGCGGCAGCCACAACGCUCGAGGAGCACGUUAGUCGCGCCAAUUCGAGACGCUUGAGUGCCUCGCGAAGAUCAGGAUUGGUGUGUUCGAACUGCGGAACGAGUUAUACAUCGCUCUGGCGUCGCAAUCCGGGCGGAGAGCCGGUCUGCAAUGCCUGUGGUCUGUACUUUAAGCUCCACAAUGUGCCUCGUCCACUGACCAUGAAAAAGGAUACCAUACAGAAACGCAAACGGAAGCCGAAGGGCACCAAGAGCGAAAAGUCCAAGAAGAGUCAGGCAAAUGCUGCCGCCAACAAUUGCCAUAAUGUCAAUAUGGUCAACAGCCUGGCCGAUGCCACUGAUGAAUUGAAAGCACUCACAUAUAUGACAUACGCACAACAACAACAACAACAACAACAGCAACCACAACAACAGCAAACUGCAUCCACACUAAGCAAUAAUGAUCAUAUAUCGGUGGCCAGUCCGCCAGCCACACCACACAGCAUGACAUCCUCAUUAUCGCCAUCAAGCACAUCACAACAACAACAACAGCAGCAGCAACAACAACAAUACGUUGGACUGAACAUGUCACCAACAUUGCAGCAAGAGAACAUGUCGCCCACAUCUACAUUGCAACAGCAACAACAACAACAACAGCAUCACCAGCAUAAUUAUCAAAUGCAAAUCUCGCCCAUUAACAUGCAACAUUGCAGCAUGCAACAUUCACCAACAACUCCAACAACAACACCAACCAUUCCACAAUCUAUGUACACCGCUUCACCGCCCACCCACAUUCACAACAAUAACAUACUCUUUAACAACAACAAUAACAACAAUAACAACAACAACAAUGACAAUAACAACAAGUUGAUUCAGAAAUAUCUACAAGCUCAACAAUUGAGCAACACGAGCGAGACAUCACCGACGCAUCAGCAGCAGCAGCAGCAGCAGCAGCAGCAGCAGGAGCAACAACAACAGCUGAGCCCAACAUCAUUGGCACAACAGCAACAUAUAAGCCUGAUGCAGCCAGUCUCGGCCUCCAAUAUGGCAAUCAAAUCGGAAGUAGUGGCAACAACAGCAACGGCAUCAGCAACAUCGAAGCAAACAACAACAGCAACAUCAACACCGACCACGGCAUCGAGCACAUCAUCGUCACUGAGCAUCAACAGCAACAGCAACAGCAACAGCAUCAGGAGCAGCGGCAACAACAACAACAACAACAACAGCAGCAGCAUUAUCAAUCUGCAAAAUCCGUAUCAGCAAGCUCUUGGCCAAACGAUGCCCUUGUGUAAGUCAGCGCUGGACGCUCGAUCCUCAGCAUCCCCACCCUAUUAUUUAAGCCAGCACAUGUCCGAGGACGAGGCGACAGCGCCGGCCAUCAUAAAAAUGGAGCAAUUGGAGCACCACCAUCACAAUCCCCAUCACCAUUCUCAGCAGCAGCAGCACCAGCAACAACAACAGCAAUCAAACGAACAGUUGGACUCUUUGGAUGAUCACGAGCAUGAUCCGUACGAGUUGGCAGCAUAUCAAUUGCAGCGGCAACAGCAUCAGCAGCUGCAACUGCUGCAGCAGCACAACGUGCAACAGCAUGUGGCCGCCCUGGGCCAUCAUGAAUCGAAUGUCGCCACAAUUGCGAUGCAUGCCAUGGCGCAGCAUCAUUUGCAGGAGUUCGAGCGCAAAUAUGGUGCCGUUGAUCGCGAGACAAUUGUAAAAAUGGAAUAGGGCCAGAAUAUGAGUGGAGUAAGAAGUAAGAGUUCAAGAAUUUCCUCACCAAAGACUUUGCUAUUGAAAUCUCACAGCUCCAAAGAAAUUUUACAAGUAUAUACGAGUACAUACAUAAAUAAUAUGCCGUUAUAAUUGCGUAUACUAAACGUUCUCUAAGAACUUGCUCAACGCGCCUUUCACAUACUAUGUUUUAGCCAUAAGCCUCACUAAAAAAUUAAAGCAAGAAACAACGAAAUUGGCCAAUAACUUACAUUUAAAAAAAAAACUCAAAAACAACAAAAAAAUUAUACAUCUACCACGAAAAUGCCAACUACUCGAAUAUUGUUAUUAAAAAUUUAGUGUAAUUUUAGCAAAAUGUCUACAUUAUAUUGUAAAUUCAUACUUGUAAUUCGGAAUCAUACCGUGAGGUAUGUACACACACACACACACAUGCACACAAACAUAUACAUAUGCGGGAAAGUGUAUGUGUGGCUUAUUUGUAGAAACUUUUGAGAUUUUUUUAUAAAAAUGAAUUUGUUUUAGAAUAAGUAUUAAUACUACAUACCUACACAUAACUAUGCAUAUACACAUACACACAUACAUAAAAGUUAUCAACCACCAACCAAACAAUCUCAUGCAAUUUAGUUACUAGUUUAUACUUUAUAGUUAGAGCCACUUGCAUAUUACCUUGCAAUAAUAAUUCUAUUACUUUGAACAAAUAAAUAAUAUGCCACAAACAGAAGCUAAA